GUCGUAGGACAGGAAGGACGCGGCCACGUGCCAGGCGCCGUGCGUCGUGUCGUACACCAGAGGGCCGCCGCAGGCGAAGACGACCCAGAACGGGGCCGGCGCUGGGAUGCGCCGGCAGAUCGUCCCGAACCCGGCGCUUUGCGCCGACUCGUUCCAGCUCCUGCACACCGCCCGCAGCCUGCAGUAGCUGCGCGGCGGCAGCCAGGCCAGAAUCGUGUGCACCACCUCCUCCGGAAUGUGCCUUCCGCCCCACACCUCCGCGUCCAUAAUCGGCCCCGGGUCCUCUUCUGCUGCUUCUGCUUCUGCUGCUGCUGGCCGUGAGCCUUCUCCGUGUCCGCUAACGGAGGCGGAAGAAGAAGACGCAUCGAGGUCCUCGGCAGAUCUGCGCGAGUUGCUCGGCGUGAUCAUGCCCACUGCGCUUCGGCGGAGUCGCGGAAUGAGCACGACGGGAGACUCAUCGCGGUCUUGGAUCAGCGGAUCAGUGGAUCACGAUUGGCUGUGACUCGUCGGAGAACGGGAUCAGAACGAUCGAAUCCUCGGCGGUACGAGCGAGCCUCUUGAUUCGGGAGGUGGUGAUCGAGGUCGCAGGUUGGGACAUUCUUCAAGCACCGGGCUCGCUCUCCCCGACGACUGCUGCCCUCGCUUCUGCCCCGGUGAGCCACGGCCGGCAUUGCUCUCCGAUGUAUGCGGCUGUCGAGAACGAGGCUCAAAGGUUGCGCUCCGAUAGAAGAGGCGCACGAAUGACCAGUUUCUUGGCAGAACCUAAUCGUACCAGACAUGCUCCUCGCGCUCGUGGCCUCGUCGCCCGACUGCCCCCAGCCUCCGUUAGAACGAGGCCGCUCGGGCACACGAAGCAGGACGAUCGAUGAUAAUAUUGCCGAACGAACGAAUGCCCCGUCGAUGCAUAUGUGCUCUGCUCGUCACCGAAAAUGUCAUCUUUCGUCGACCUGAGAUGCUACCCGUCGCGCUGCAACGCCGAUAAUCAUGGUGGCGGGGGACUCGUGACGUCAACGCCGUCACACGAUCGCGAGCGUUCGCACUGAGGCCAUCACUGCCACUGCCACUGCCACUGUCACUGCAAUGCUCCCGCGAGGCGUCGUGUGGAAACCCAUCAGAGGAUUUAGGAAGGGCGGGCGAGGUGGACUUCCACUGUCGCUGCCGCGGACGCCAAAUGGGCAGCCAUCGGAAUGUCGCUGCUGAAGGUUGCGGACGAUCGAAGGGAAGAGGACGAGCAGAGCGUUUCGGAUGGGAAGGGCACGUCGUAUGGACUCCAUGUUGGACUCACGGGAAGGGCACGGGGGAGGAGAGGGGAGUGAGGGGAUCGGGAUGGCGACGGUGGUCGCUUUAGGAGGCGGAUGGAGCAGAUGACCGCGGAAUUGAGCCGCAAUGGAUGAUUUGUGCGAGGGGAGCACGGCGAAACAUCGACGGGCGGAAACGGGGAAGUAGUUCGUCCAAUCGAUCUGAUGAUUUUUUCGCUGCAACUCAUGCUUGGUGCUCUGUAUGUCGUCCUUUUCUGCGGCUGGUCGAUCAAAGUUUUCGCCUGGCUCAAACACCAGCUUCAUUGUUUCUGAUCCUCUGUCACCUCACUUCCACUCUUCGGCUCGUCUUCUCUGCUCACGUGCCCUCAUCGUCCUCUUGUUCCUCGCAGGUCCCCUGUCCGGAAUCGCAUCAAUUUUCGGUAUUUGUGAUCCACCGCCGCCGCACCUCCACCAGAACACUUGUCGGUUGACUGCCCAUGAACUGCAAAAUGCCCGGAGAUAAAAUUUCUCGAAAGUGCACUUGAGACGUCUCCAUGUACCUGGAUUUGCAUGAGCUGAGGGGACGAGCACAUUUCCACAGAGAGAUGCAGGACGUGGCACGCGGAGUGAACCCAGUUCUUCCAGCUUUCGUCCAAUCGUGCAACAAUGCUGUCUCGCCAUCAGGUCCUUGCGGUUGCCACCUGAAGACUCUUGACCCAUCCAUCUCACCAAUACUUCAACUCGGCGGAGAAGUCUGGUCCAAGAGCCUCGCGAAUAUGCAACCAUUGUCCACUCAGAUCAAACGCCAAGCCACAGCACUGCCAUCAGUUUAUCGAGAGUCAAACCUGGGUCACCGUGGCCAAACUGAGGUCAUAGAUGGCAUACUUCAUAGAUCGAACCGACGGUGGGGCCGAUGAAUCUCCAGUACGACGCGAACAGGACCAUGAGCUUGCUCCGCUUCCUUUUCACUUCAUCAAAGAAGCGCUUCCGACACUAUCAGGCUACUUACCCGUUGAUAGAACAACUGGAUCUCGAGUAUACUAUGUAUAUUAUGAAGCUUCCAACAGCCCCGCAGCCAGGAGUGAUACCCCACUUAUGCUCUGGCUGAAUGGUGGUCCCGGUUGCUCAAGUCUCAUUGGCUGUUUCUAUGAGCUCGGCCCCUGGGUGGUUGCAGAAGAUGGCAUCCUUCGUCCGAAUUCUUUCGCAUGGAAUCGCAAGUGUGGACUUUUGUUCGUGGACAGUCCUGUUGGCACCGGAUUCAGUGUGGCCGAAUCAGAUAUGGAUAUUCCAACAGAUCAGGAACGAGUUGCCAAACACCUGGAGUUUGCCCUCCUGAGUUUUCUCGAGGAAAAUCCGACCUUCAAAACAAGACCAUUGUUCCUGGCGGGAGAGAGCUACGCCGGCAAGUACGUCCCUGCUUUAGCAUAUCACAUUUUGCACCAAUCCAGGUCAGGUGCUGGGACUCUGAAACACCAGCUGGCAGGAAUUGCCAUCGGAAAUGGACUCACAGACCCCCGAACCCAGGUUCAGUGCCAUGGAGAGGUGGCCUUCUCUUUCGGACUGCUCGACAAACGCCAGACAGCCCACGUUGACAAAUUGGCCAGAGAGGUCGUCGAUCUUAUUGACAGGGACAAAUGGUUAAGAGCACAUGAGAGGAGGACGGCGAUAUGUAGCUACAUCGAGAAGACCAGCGGUGUUGCAACAUUGCUGGAUAUUCGGAGAACGACCAAGUAUCAUCAUUCGCAGGAGGGGGAGGAGUUUUUGGCACAUUUCUUAAACUCUCCUCCUGUCAAGAGGGCUUUGCGAGUGGAUGAGGACGCCGAGUGGGUCAGCUGCAGAAGGAAAGUCAGGGCAAUCAUGGCUCAGGAUACAAUGAAGAGUACGAAAUGGAUGGUAGAGGAGAUAUUGAGGAUGGGAUAUCCUGUGUUGCUGUAUCAAGGAAUUUACGAUGCCAAAGACGGGCCAUCUGGAUCAGAGGCAUGGAUGCGUACUCUUGAGUGGCCCGGGGCCCCCUCGUUCUGGAGAGGCGAGAGAUCUGUGUGGAAGGUGAACGGAGAGCUUGCUGGGUACUGGCGACGAGGACAGAAUCUCACACACGUCGUUGUGGCUGGAGCUGGACAUCAGGUCCCUGCUGAUCAACCGGAGUUUGGUAAAGCAAUGAUCGAAUCGUGGAUGAAACAGCAGCUAGAAAGACGUUAAUUCGAGUCCUUUCGACAGAUAUUACUGGAAUUUCUGUGUAUCUUAAGAAUCUCGAUUUUGUAACCCAAACAUGCUCAUCAACUCGACACUCGAACCGAUAACAAACCAAAUUCAUGUCUUGAACAAGAAGAGUUCUUGUCAUAUCUUGCAGUACACACAGACACCUUGAGGAAAAAAAAUUUGAUAUAAAGCCCAAUACCAUACUCAAUUCAAGCUUAC